CGCGGCAAACCUGCCCUUGCGAUAGCACCGACACGAAGUUGCUUUGGUGUGUGCAGACUAGACGCCAGGGCGAUAGCAAGAGAGCUUCAAAAUGUACCACGUUCGUAGUUAGCUAUUCUUCCAUCAAAACCCCCAAGAUGUGACGACAGUAUUUCCUAGUAUGUGAAAUAAGGGAAGGUCCCCAUAUUUGCGACUGGGAUUCGUCCAGCUUUAGGUGACUUCAAGCUCGACAAAGGUCUGUGGUUCAGUGUUUCCGCGCCACGCAGUUCUCACCAUGGUUCUCUCGCGAUGGUGGUCACUUCGCGUUGCCUCGCAGUGCUACCUGCUGUGGUGUGUAAUUCUCGGAAGCAAGGCAGGCUUGUCUGUUCGUUCUGAUGAAACACAACCACAAAUGACAACGUCUGUUAAACCUGACCCCAAAGUCACAGAAGCCCACAGUACACGUCAUGGCCUGCCAGGACCAGGGGUCACUGAUGCCCCUCCCCUGCCUGAGAAGACCAGCAGGCCGCCCCAUCAGUCAACGACCAGAGUAGGAGAGCCACUGGCAACAACGGGAGGGGGCGUUGUGGAACCAAGGGGGACAACUGCCAACCCAAUCAGGUACACAAGUACCACUCGACAGUCCGAACCAUCCCUUGAAACCACAACAUUGCCAGUGCCUACUUCAGUGGUACCUGCUCUAACAACGCCGACACCUGCAACUACUGAGCUAUCCGGUACCACUUCUGGGUCGGCUCUUGCCACAAGUCCAAGGGUCACAACUGUGCGUGUAUCUCCUCCCACAACAGCUGGAGAAGUCACAACCCAGAGAGGACGCAUUACAACUCAAGCUUACAUGACAUGGGCAGCUACAACCAGAAUGCUGCAGCAGACAACCAGACUACUGCAGCAAACGACCAGACUAUUGCAGCAAACGACCAUAAAUCUGCAACCGCCCCCUCAGACUGAGCAACACCCACCCCUCGUGCCCACGAGACACGAGCCAACAGAAGAACCCCCUCCCCCUCACUCCCAAGGGCCACCGAUUGAGACGGAGAAGCCACCUCCACCCAGCAAGCCCCACAGGCCAACCAGACCGCGGCCCACAGCUCCACCCCGCCUGACAACCAGAGCGGUAGCCAGGCCAACACACGGUCCCACACCCCACAUCAGUGAGAGUACACACACCAGCAAGCCCAAGACCCCCAUCCCUUACCCUUCUGUUGCCAUCCAGCUUGUCCUGCAAGAAACAUGGAAGGACUUCUGUGUCAGCAUUGAGGAUUUUGUCUCCUCCAUCGCCAGGUAUUCCUGGAAAAGUCUGUCUCUCCAUUACCUUCCUUACACAGCAGUCCUGAAUGAUACCAGAAGCUGCCCCCAGAUGGAAACAGAGAGGGACACCCCUGUUGAUGUUAUUCGCACACAGGUCGACAUCUGCAUUGAGUCCCAGAAGGGAAGUUGUGAUACCAAGCUGACAGAGUCUGUGGGACUUAUGAUGCAGUCAGACCAGGAAGAACUACAGAAAUACCUAGAGCCAAAGGUGUUGUCGGUGCAUGUCUACGGAGGCUCGCAGGCAACCCCUGGCCCCAAACCAUCCAGCUCAACUACCGGGGUCAAGGUGGGAGUGAGCCUUAGUUUGCUGAUCACAGUGUCAGUCGUUACCAUUGCCGUUUACAAGCUCUACAGAUCGCACCUGGCAAAGCGUCGCACCAUCCACAACCGUUACUACUUUGAUGGGAAGCAGCUGCAUGAUACGUUGAGCGAUGCCCACCAGCUGAGCCCCCUGCACCACCAGCACACUGCCCCCUUCACCAUACCGCCGACAAUGGCGACCCACAACCUGGUGCCCGCCGUCAACAAGGGACUGAUCAUGGAUGAUGAGGAGGACUAUGCAGCUCCGAACUAUCCGUCCCAUGUGUUGAGCAUGCACAGCUUAUCACAGUUCUACAGCUACUGGGAGGCCAUCACUGAAGAAUUUGAGACUUUGCCAGAUUUCCAGAAGGACUUGGCCAAGUCCCACAGUCCAUCCAAGAGCUCCAUGGCAGCCCUCAGCCUGUUCCACCCUCCCCCCAAGACCAGGGUGCCCCUGGAGAAGGUCAGCUUGGACAACCAGCAUGGAUUCCUGAAUGCAAGCUUUGUCAAGGGAUAUGGAAAUACCAAGUACAGCUACAUUGCCACCACAGCGCCCUGGGGCACCAACGUCAACAACUUCUGGGAGAUGGUGUGGGAGCAGCAGUCGCGGACAAUCGUCUGUCUCUGCUCCCCUGAAGAGAUGGGCGUGGUGUGUCCGUGGUACUGGCCUCGGGAUGAAGGCAUCCAGAAUGCCCAGCUUUAUGGGGACAUCCUGGUCAUGAGACAGGGGUGUGUCUUGACAGAGAACUACUCCAUGUCUACUCUCCUCAUCAAGAACAUACAGAAAAAUCUGUGCCGUCCCAUCAACCAUUUCUGGUUCACCCAGUGGCCGGUAGCCUGCAACCUGGUGCCCUCCUGCCCCACCCUACUGCUAUCAUUCCUCCUGCAAGUCAGGCAGACAGUACAGGAAAGCUACGGUCCGGUAGUGGUCCACUGCAGUGAUGGCUGCGGAAGGACCGGUACCCUGCUCUCCAUAGACAGUGCUAUGCGGAGCAUGGAGGAUCUGUGCACCGUGGACGUCCCGUCCAUUGUCUGCAGCAUCCGGCAUGACCGUGGGGCGGCAGUACUACAGAGGGACCACUAUGUCUUCAUUUACAGGACACUGUACGAGUAUUCUGUCAUGCUGACACGAGGCUUAGCCGAUGGAAGGGCUGCAGAGAUGGAUGGAAUCGAUGGAGAUGCCAGCCUUUGUUGAGCAUUCACCACCCCCUGUCAGAUUUGACAUGUCAUAAAGGACUUUUAUUCUGUGAAUAGAGUCUUAUUUGGGAACUGUUGCAUAACUUGGGUGGAUCUUCUUGCAGAGAACCUAGGGGUGCAGUGGUUUUGUUUCAAUGGGGAGCACCGAAAGCAAAUGAAAUGGGGCUUGUGUAGACUAAUCCGAGGAGACGCCAACCGCGGUGGCAUCGCAGUCACACUCACAUUCCUGAUCCUGAGGUGCGAGCGCGCUUUGGGCAAAUCAUGACACCCUAUUGGUCCAAGUGGCAUGUCACGCACGCGUGUUACCUAUUUAUGCACGUUGUGCCACCGCAGUAAUGGCUUCUAAUCCCAGUUCUGAAAUUGUGGGUUGUGUAUGAUUUUGUGUAUGGGUUGUGUUCACUGGGGGUGGGGAGGGCACCAGUGGAGUGGGUGGGGCACAGAUGUCUGUUAGGAGGAGGAACAUGUUACAAAAGUGGUCCCCCUGUUGUUACGCCUUGCAGUCCUGUUUGUGACAUGUUUGGGCAUUUGAGGCAAUAAACCUGAUUCUACGUAUCCUGAGUUAUGCAGACGUAUUUAAAAAUGCAUGUAGUCUGGAUUUUAAGAGUAAAUAAAUGGUUUUUAAGUAUCAGUUGCAAGGAUCAACAGAUAUUGUGUCCCUGGGUUGGGAAUGUUCAAAAGUGUUGGCUCUGAAAAGAGCUAGUGGUGUGGAAAGGUCUUGACGAUUCAAGUAGUGUGCUUCGUUCAUUUUCAGGAUAAUCAAUCACUAAUGAACGGUAGUGCAAGCCAUGUAGAAUCAGUACAUAUCAUACCUUUUGCAGCAGUCUCUGAUGAUGGUAAUGAAUCCAUUCCAGCAUGAAGACGGAAUAUCUUAACCCUAACCCCUAGGGUGUAUGUAAAAUUGUAUUGAAAUUGGAGGAUUUGGGAGUGUUAGGGUUAACAAAACAUGGAUGCGUGAUAAAUUCUUAUAACAUUUUCUUUCAUACAGGAGGGUCGUAUUAUCAAGUGAUCAUGCGCAUAAUUGGUACUAUUGAGCAAAUACAACUCAUAUUUAAUAUUUGCAACCUAAAAUGUACAAACUGUUACAACUCACCUUAUAUAAAACUCUAUAUUUUUCAUUCCAAAUAUUGUAGUACUAUAUUGUAACCUUUCUGAGUACAUGUUGAAAUUUACACCAUCAAAUCAAAUACUUGCCAAUGUUAUAUUCAAUAUUCAGUGUAAGCAUUUUGAGAUUUAUUUUAUAAUUACUUAGACCAAUUGAUUCAGGUAACAUUUUCUAGCUUUGGACAAAACUCUUAUAUUUAAAUUUUUUUAAUGAUCUUGUUUAAUUUGGACAUAUUUUUAAUGUACAAAGAUUAGUUUUUAAUAAUGGACUCUUUCUAGAGCAACCCAAAUAAUGAGGCAUUCUUAAAAAUAAGAUGCUAUUCCUUAGUCUUUGGCUCAACAGUACUGCCACAUUGCAAGCCAAAUGGAGGAAUAAGGGAAGAACAAAAUCAUACCGAGUAAUCUUCAUGCUUGACAAUCAGUGCACGACAAUUCACAAUCACAAUACUCUGUGUCACCAAGAGGUUGGCACGGAAAGGCCAUCUUUCGUAGCAAGUUGAAGGAAAUGGUCAUCAAUUACUAUGCCUUGGCUGCAGGCAGGGAGCUUGAAUUGUUCCUGAUGUUUUUACGUCGGAGGAUUCUUUAGUGUUUGAGUGGCAGUUUUCAUUACUCAUCUCUUCUCUCUGUAGCAUGGAAUGUCCCAAGCUAUACACAAAUUUACCCAAAACGUUUCUACUGACAUACGCUCAACCGCAGAUUGCGACAAGGUGGCCAUGCUUUUGUUGACCUUGAUCUUGGAGAAUGGCCUUGCUCCUGUGUCAACCUCUCUGGUGGCACAAUAUUGUGAACUACCUCUUGAAGGGUGAAAUGGAAAACAUUUCCUCUUCCGAAGUGGGCCCACAAGAAAUAGAAAUCUGGUGCUCAGAUAAGUUGUGCAAAAAGGGCUUUGUUUUAUUUCAGUCAUGGGUGUCAAUCGGGGGAGGGGUUAAGGAAACACUCCUCUCCCCCAUUUUUUACCAUGGGGUGGACUAUUGGAUCAUCUCUCCUAAUUUUUUUGUGGGGAGAAAAAAAAGUUGGAUUGGGUUGGGUUGGUCACAAAUUGGCAGUGUGAAUACCUGAUCUGACGUCACAAAUUCGCUUUCGUCUUUGCUUUCGCAUCAGAAGCUGUAAAUAUGGCAUUUUAUGUGGAGGUCAAGGUUUGUAUGUAAAGAUUACAUCUGUAUUAUGAACCGCGUCUCUAGUAUAGUGUGUCCAGCGAUUCCCCCCCCCCCGCUUUUUGAAUUUUACAGUGCCAGUCCAGGCAUCGAUGUACACUUGAAAGCAGCAAAACAAAAUUAAAAAGUAAUUGAGGUGCAAAUGUACAGUUUCAAGGCCUGUAUGAAAAAAAUGCACAUUGUUUGGACGCUGUGUCCUGAUUUGUGAUAACAUAGCAAGGUGGGGAGGUUGGGAAUAUUGUUGGAGGGGAUUUCUUCUGUUUUUCUCAGUGUUAGUAAUCCAUGCACCUGACGUCACUGUAACAUUACGUUUUAGUUACCCAUACAGGUCGUGAUUUUAGAUUUUUUAAAGAAUGGAGGUGUGCUUUAAGAAUGAAAUGAAAAGUUUAUUUUAAUUCACAAUUUUAUCGUUUGUAUGCUUAUAGAUUCAGUAAUGUUUUAAGACCAUUAUUAAUCAUAAAAACUGUAUUUUCAACCAAAGACAAAAAUAAUCAGUGGACAUUGCAUGGUGCGCUCUUGAACAGUACAAACAUGGAAAUUGAGACAUUUUUGAGGGAAAUGAUCCUGAAAGCAUCUUCAGCUUUCUUCUUGUAGUUCUGAAAUGUACAAAUACAACUUUUCAAGUGUUGUUUCACAUCUAUCAUGUUGUAGCCCCGAAGUAUGCAGGCGCUGUUUGAAUGUGCUGCUGAAUACGUCUCUCAACAUGGUUGAAUUGUAUGAAUAAAUUGAAGUGAAAAGCCCAAUUCUUGA